GCUUUUUUUCUCCCGUUAGUUUUGUUUCCAGCCGGACAGCAUUUGUUGCCGCACCAGUACCCGGCAGGGACCAAACAGUACCCGCGCGGUGAUGCUGCUGAGCUGGAGCACGAUGGCGGCGGAGACCGACGACAGCCUCGGUAACAUGUCCACAGCCGAGAUGCUGAGAGGAAUCAUCUCCGAGAAACUGACGACAGCCGCGCAGGAAAUCUUAGCGGUUGUUGAGAGAACCGUAGCCGGGUACGAGGAGGAGGCUUCGGGCUUCAGACAGGAGAUCGACCGGCAGAGGAGACAGCUGGAGGUUCUCAUGCAGCCUCAGGUCAAACUGGAGACAACAGACGACCAUCAGCUGUUUCCUGUCUGUGAGCCGGUACCAGAGGAGGCGGCAGGAGGAGGUGAACUCCAUGAGGAGGAAGAGCAGUACAAAUAUGAGCCCAGUGUGGAGGACGGCGGGAGUCUUGGCCUCCUGCUCUGCUACACUGAGGAUCAGACGGAGGAGGAACGAGAAGCGCGGAGCUCCACGCCGGACCAGGAACAUCUCACACCGCUGGAUUAUGACACGGCAUCAAGGUCGGUGUCUCCCAUAGUUCAGUCUGACAGGAGGAGCGCCGGCAGACGUCGGACCAGUGAACCGCAGGACCACGUAGACCUCAGGAUCCGCAUCCUGGAGGACUCUCAGAUCAGUGUGCUGUCAAAUAAUGUGUUUCAGAAAUAUCCGCUGCAGGAGCUGCAGUGUCCUCUGGGCCUGCAGGAGUCAGACUUCCUGGACCUGCUGAGGUCCACCUUCCCUCAGCUGGCUGCCGAUCAACCGUUUGACAUCUUCACCACCGAUCACAGCAGGAAACUACAGCCGCUCAGAGUGGCAACGCUGACACCAGAGAAGAUCUACAACAGGAUCAGGUCCACUGGGUAUUCAGCCCUCUACAUCCGAUUGAAGGAACAAGAGGAACCGCCGGUUGGUGACAAAGAGCUUCGUCCACUGCAGACAGAAGACGCUGAUCCUCCGUCUGACUCCAUCACCAUAACGACGAAUGAUAAAACCACCCUGUACACAAGGUUAUCGUCUCCCACGGUUCGGUCUGACAGGAAGAAGCGUGGCAGACGUCGGACCAGUGAACCUCAGGACCACGUAGACCUCAGGAUCUGCAUCCUUGAGGACUCUGAGAUCAGUGUGCUGUCAACCAACGUGUUUCGGAAAUAUCCGCUGCAGGAGCUGCAGUGUCCUCUCGGCCUGGACGAGUCAGACUUCCUGGACCUGCUGAGGUCCACCUUCCCUCAGCUGGCUGCUGAUCAACCGUUUGAUGUCUUCACCACCAACCACAGCAGGAAACUACAGCCGCUCAGAGUGGACACGCUGACACCAGAGGAGAUCUACGACAGGAUCAGGUCCACUGGGUAUUCAGCCCUCUACAUCCGACUGAAGACUAAACAUCUAACAUCUGUACUUCAGCGUCUGCAGUCCACUGAUGAAGAGCUUCAGCCGUCACAGAGAGACGCUGCUGAUCCUCAAACCGGCAACACGAGGUUAUCGUCUCCCAGAGUUCAGUCUGACAGAAGGAGCGCCCACAGGCGUCGGACCAGCGAACCACAGAACCACGUAGAUCUCAGGAUCCGCAUCCUGGAGGACUCUCAGAUCAGUGUGCUGUCCACCAACGUGUUUCAGAAAUAUCCGCUGCAGGAGCUGCAGUGUCCUCUGGGCCUGCAGGAGUCAGACUUCCUGGACCUGCUGAGGUCCACCUUCCCUCAGCUGGCUGCCGAUCGACCGUUUGACAUCUUCACGUGUGACAGAGCCAAGCGGCUGCAGCCUCUAACAGUAAAGACGUUGACGCCGGAGGAGAUCGACAGAACCAUCAGGUCGACCGGAGCAGGAACCUCAGCGCUCUACAUCCGACUGAAGGAACAGGCGGAGCUGAAAAAGAGUCAGAAAGACGACGCUGCUGGAGAUUCUCCGUCCGCCGCUGAUGAAAGCAGACUGUUGACAAAGUCAGUUUCUCUCACAGUUCACUCUGGCAGGAAGAGCGCCGCCAGACGUCGGAUCAGUGAACUGCAGGACCACAUAGACCUCAGGAUCCGCAUCCUGGAGGACUCUCAGAUCAGUGUGCUGUCAACCGCCGUGUUUCAGAAAUAUCCGCUGCGGGAGCUGCAGUGUCCUCUCGGCCUGCAGGAGUCAGACUUCCUGGACCUGCUGAGGUCCACCUUCCCUCAGCUGGCUGCCCAUCAACCGUUUGACGUCUUCACCACCGAUCACAGCAGGAAACUACAGCCGCUCAGAGUGGCCACGCUGACACCAGAGGAGAUCUACAACAAGAUCAGGUCCACAGGACAAGCCCUGUACAUCCGACUGAAGGAUUUGGGAACAAAACUCUUGUUCCAGAAACAAGAGGAAACUCAUCACCUGCAGAGGAAAACAGAUUCUCCAUCAACUUCUGAUCAAACCAGCCUGAACACAAAUUCCCAUGACAUCCAUGUUCAACAAGGAGAAGAAGACAUGGAGACAGAGGAAGCUGAUGAUGAUGAUUAUUCUACAAGAUUAGAGCCAGCGAAAGGCUUUCUAGUUCUUUCUGAGAGCGAAGGGGACAGAGACGACGACUGGGAGAAGAUCUCAGAGAAGACGAAGCGACGAGUCAAACGUUCAGGAGUCAAAACAAACCGCAGGAAGCUGAUCCAGUCGUCUAUGGAAGAGUUGGUUGAGAAGAGCGACGCUCUUCUGUCCUGUACAGUCUGCAGAGUCCUGCGCGGGUCGUUGAACAUGUUGAUAAAACACGCCUGGAGUCACGUGAACGAUCCACAGGGAGUUUGUGGAGUGUGCGGAGAACAUUCAGAGUCUGCAGAGGAGCUGAGGAGUCACCUGCAAAGCCACCAGAAAACUCACAGCUGCAACAUCUGCGAGAUGUAUUUCAUCUCCGCCAGCGGCCUCAAAGGACACAUGGCUCGACACAGAAGAGAGAAAACGUACGAGUGUAAGAUUUGCCGUAAAGAGUUCUUCCAAAAGUCGGCGCUGAAGAAUCACAGUUGGGUCCACGUGGAGGAAAAACCUCACAAAUGUGACUUUUGCGAGAAAUCAUUCGUCUCUAACUUAAACCUCAAAGUUCACAUGACCAAACACACUGGCGAGAAGCCGUAUCACUGCAGCGUCUGCAAUAAAUCUGUUCGCAGCUUUGAAAGUCUGUCCCAGCACAUGAGGAGGCACUCGGGUCACACGGUCCAAGAGAGAACGUACGAGUGCGACAUCUGCAGAAGAAAGUUUCAUACAAAACAUCAGCAACAAGCUCACCUGAAAUACCACUCCAGAGAGAAGCCGCAUGCUUGCAGCAAAUGCAGCAAACAGUUUUUCGCCAGGGCCAGUCUGGUGACUCACAUGAGGAUCCACACCGGAGAGAAGCCCUACAAGUGCCCUGUAUGUGACAUGGCCUUCAGUCAGAGCCACUGCGUGAAAAGACACAUGAAGACCCACCUGGUGGAAGAAAACGUCUGGAUGAAGGAUUAAUGUUACUGAAUGUUUCAGGAGAUUUCACAUGAUCACAGCUUCUGUUUGCACAAAUUGUUUUGUUGUUAAAUAUGAUUCAUUUGUACCUUGGUGCCUGAAGCAACUUGAAAGACAAGGCAGUUCUAUUUGUCUCUCAAUACUUUCCUUUCCUACUUGGUCUGUGUCUCUCAGCUCCAAAUCUGUUUGUUCCUACUGAAAAACCUUUAAAAACAGCUCAAAAAUAUAUAGUUUCAUUUUUAAAGAUGAACCUGCAAUCAGGUUUACCAGUGUCCAAGCACCCAACAUAACCAAACGUUCACUGACCCAGGUUGAUUCGUUUUAGUACAUUUUAUAUAAAAAAGCUUGUUAAAAUUACUGUUUAAAAGAUUUAGGUGGGAGCGUUUUUAAAGUAAAAGUCUGGUGAUAUUCUAUAUCAUAUAAAUCUCUCAAUGCGUUGCUCCUUCUCUACUGUCUGUGGCUCUUAACUCCAAGCCCAUUGGUUCCUACUGAUACAUUUAAAAAAGCAGCAGUUUAAACUAGACCUGCGAGUAGAUAGACCGAGGUCCAAGCCUGUGACAAAACUCCAAACCAAAAGCUCACUGUACCCGGGUUGGUUGGGAAGCUGAAGGCAUGGUUAGUAUAAAGUUACUGAAACAGGAGGAAAUCGUGCAUUUGUUGGGGACUACUUUUUGCUGCGGGUGGAUCCACAUUUGAUGCUCUAGUCAGUACUUCUGGCUGCAGAAUUACUUUUUUUGGGGGAACUUUGUGAUAGUUGAGUAAUUGUUUUAGUCAUUUUUAAGGCAAGUAUUUGUUUGACACUUUUUAACAAAGAGCUUUACAUAAAACAGAAAGGACAAGAUAUAAAAGGAGAAUAAAAUUUUAAGAAAUUGGAAAAUACCAAACAUUCACUCGUUACAGCUUCUCAGUUGUGAUGGUUUCCUGCUGUUCAUUGAUUUUAUGUGAAUUGUAAAUUGAUAUUUUUGGGGGGAUAUGGACUGUUGAUCAGGCAAAACAGGCUACUUUAAGAUAAACUUGGGUUUUAGGUAAUUGUAUCAGUUUUUUAAUAUUAUCUGACAGAUUGAACAAUUAACUGUAAAAAAAACACACGGAUAACGAAAAGGAAGGAACAUGUCGUCCGGUGCAGGGCUUGGUGUGUUUUCAAAGGUUUUUGGACAAUAAUGGAGCUCUUUACUACUCAUCUACUACUUAGCCCUUUGUAUUCCCUAAAGAACAUAGGCCAAUGACGAAAGCUCUCCAUCCUCUCUGGUCUUGUGCCCUUCGAUCCAGUUGUUGCCUUUCAGCCUUAAUCUCCAGCUGGUUCUAGGUCUUCCUCUGUUUCCAUUUUAGUGCCUGUUUGGUGAUUUAUUGAUUGAUUGAUUGUGUCUUCUGAGUUUCCGGCCAAUCCAGCUCCACUUCCUCCUCAUAAUUUGAAGUUCUAAUGGUUUUUGCUGGGUGUGUUCCCACAGGUUGGAGUCGGUGAUGGUAUCUGGCCAGUAGACUCCCAGGAGGUGUCGGAAGCAGCUGCUGAUGAAUGUGUGUAGUUUGUUGAGUAUGUUGUUGGUGAUUUGUUUCUGAUCCAUACAACAGAACAGAUUUGACGUUUGAAAGUUAAAAGUUUUCAGUUUGGUUUUAAGUGCUAGGUUUUUUGUUCUCCAGGUGUUAUUUAGGAUGUUGAAUACUUCUUGCUUUUCCCAUUCCGGUUGGACAUCUUCCUCCGUCCACAGUAAUUAUACUCCCAAGCUACGUAAAACCGUCUACCUCCUCUAGUUGACUAUGAUCAUUGGUGCAUUUUUCUUGCCUUGUGUUUUUGGUGUGUUGAUCUUGAGUCCAAGCGUAGCAACAGUUCUUUGUAGUUUGUGUGAUUUGUCUUGCAUCUGUUAGUCGGUGUGUCAUCAGCAGAAUCUGGAUCCUGUAGCUGUUCAGCCGGGCUCCACUGUAUGCUGGUUCUGCUGUUGUUGGUUUCUUGGUUCAUGGUCAAGUCUAUGAGUCUAGUGGAUUUGUCUUUUUUCUCUCUACCACUUCUUCAUGUGUCCUAUAUGGUCUUCAGACCUUUUCACAUCUCCUCCAGUGAUCUUUGGGAUUCUGUUUCUUGGUCAUGUAGAGCUUCAAACCGGUUCUGUAAUGUGACCUGGAAUAGUUCCAAUGUGCCUAUUUCUUAAAAUUGCUGUAUGUUAAAUUUGACUCUUCCUUCUCUGGGAUUCAUGCGUUUGAUGGUCUGACCCAGCGUCAGCUCCCCUUUUCACUCUGACAUCCAGCGGGGAGUACCUAAACUGGUUGAUGCAGAUGUGGUCAAUCUGACUUUUGGUUGUGUGGUUAGCGGAAACCCAUGUUGCUUUAUGGACAUCCUUGAAGGGGAAAACUGAACCUCCAAUAACCUAGUUGUUGUCUGCACAAAUUGCUUCAUUCAUUGUACCAAGCCCUUACUUUCCUAUUAUCAGCUCCUAACCGUUGUUGUUUCUCUCUGUCUUCCAUUAAAGUCAUGAUGGCCUUUCCUUUCUUGGUCUGGAGUCUCAGAUGUAGUUGGUUGUAGAAGUGGUCCUUGGUUUCAUCUGCGUCGUUGAUGGGGGCGUAGCAUUGUACGAUUUUAAAGGUUUAUUUUCUUAUGCGUAGUAUAAAAUUUUGCUGUAAUGAGUAAUUAAUUAAUGUAAUUGAGUUGAUGAUUUCCCAGCUGAUGAGGUCCCUCUGGGCCUCUUUGGAUAGCAUGAACCCUAAUCUCUCUGUAUGUGGUGAAGAGUCAUCUGGGUGCCCUCAGUACAAUAUGGACUCACCACUGGCCAGUUUAACCUGCUCUGACUGGAGACAUCUGGUUUCACACAGACCCAGGAGAGAUAUUCUGCACCUCCUCAACUCCUCCGUUAUUACUGCUGUCUUUCCUCUUGCAUACAUGUUCCUGACGGUCCGUGUUGCAAUGCUGAUGGAUCGUCUAGGUGUUAGAAGAUCCAGACGCACGGUUUUCCAUGUACAUCGUCAUUUUCUCUUUAGCCUGGAAACUGAAGAGUCUUCCUUUCCAAGGCUUUGGGAUUUCUAGGUUUUCAUCGACGUUUCUGUAGCAUGAAUGUUUUUUACGGGUUGGGGUUGCUACCCUCAAGCCCAACCUUCCACCAUUUCUGGUUUAAGGUGCGUUUUGGAAUUGAAUUCUUAGACCCCUCUCUUAACCUGUUGUCUUCCAGGUAAUGGAUUACAGUCACAUACCGCACAAAACCAGACAGAUUUAGGGUUGUGUACAAGCUGUCUCGGCACAUCAAGCCCAACCAACUCCUGCUACUAUGUAAUGAAAGCUGCAACCACUACAACAGUGUAUCUAUUGCAAACAUUUCAUACCGGCAGCAUGAGACAGAAUGGAGCUCUAUGACACAGACAAUAUGAUAUAUCAGGCUUUUAUACACACAAACAAUACUUGUGGAUAAUAAGUAGAUCAAUUAAUUGUUGAUUCUGGUAUUUUCAUGACUAAAAUUGAUUGUUGAAAAUAAGAAAAACAGAAAAUCACCAGACUUUAAGCGCACAUGAUCCAGGAAUUAUGUGUUUUAGCAGGAACGUCAGAUGGACUGUAGCCAUCAAAAAUGUCCGAAAAGUGUAAAUUUUUUUGUUUUUGACUCAGUUUCAACACUGAGCUCUAUGUGGGGACCCAAGAAAAGAAAAAUGCUGAUUAUUGGAAUUUUAUUGAAUCCUCACAAGUCACAAGAUGAAGGAAAACAAAUUAUGGUUAAGUAGGUUGUUACAUGUUGGGCUGUUUGAGUUAAAUAUUGAUGCACCUUUCAUGAGAUGUUUCAGGUCAGAGUGAUUAACAGUAAAUACAUAUAUCACAAAGGUGUAAAACUUCCUGGUGUUCAGGCUUUUUUGUGUUUAUCUACAGCAAAGAUGUUGCCAUCAAGAACACAGCAAUGCAUCAAAACUGAUAAAUGUUGUCAUAUGUUGACUGAAAAGAAGUUUAUUAUUGGUUGAGCUCAAGUACAAGAGGUUACAUCUCUGUAUUUUUUGGGAAACAACUUAUGAUUUUUACAUGAUAUGAAGUUUUUUCUAGUUAUGAUUUUAGAGUUCAUUCAUCUUUUUUUUUUAGCAAAAAUUGUCAUUUUUACAUUUGAUCACAACUUAUUGCUACUGCAAGUUUUUUGUUUUGUUUUUGCUUUUAUCAGUGUCAUUAUUUUAAUGAAGUUCUGAUCAUUUUGAAAACACAUGAAAGCUGUUCCUGCAUUUUGUUGAAUGGAGUUUUUAUACUGUAAAUAAAAGUUGUGUUGAGUUGCUGGUUGACAUCUCCAACUGCC